AGAAAAAGAAUUUUUGCUGUAUUUCUUAUAAAUUAACUUUAAAAAAAAAAAAUUCUCAUUUCUCUUUAAUAAAUAAGGAAACAUUACUGUUUACAUAAGUAAUCAUAUACUUUAAUUUAGUUUACUUGAAAAAGUGCCUAUUUAGGGCAAAGUGCCAAUAUAAUCGUUUAACAAAAAAAUCUUAAUUUCAAUAAAUACAAAUGAGAAACAAAAAUACGAGACAUUUAAAUACACUUUAAAAAUUUUUCCAAUAGUAAUGCAAAAAUAUAUAAGAAAGUGUUUUAAAAUCUCAUCAAAAGAAAUCAAAGUGCUGCGUAGCAAAAGCAUAUAAAUAAGAGAUCGUCUGAUAUACUUAUAAAUGUUAAGUGGGUGCGGUUUGUACUACAAUAAUUAUGGAGAAUCUAGAUGUCAAUUUUGGUCCGCAGCACAAUAAUCGACAUCAAGUAUUACAAAAAUAUAGUACAUCGUUAAAGUUAUUACGAAAUUACGCAGAGAAAAAAUAUCAACUGCGUCCGUUUGUCUUCGACAAUUAUGUGCUCUUCCAAUUUUUUCAACAACGAAGUAAUGAUGAAUCACACGAUUCAAGUGGCAGUAAUGCUGCAACGCAAGAAGAGGGCUGGGCGGCCUUUCUUAAAAUGGAGCUGUUAAAUCAUAUUUUGGAUCGUCGAAGACAGAUUAUGUAUUGGUUAUUUUAUCUAUUGUUGGCUUUAUUAUGCGUAUUAGUUUAUCGAUACGAAUCUUCGACAUCAGUAGCCGAACGUAGCGUAAAAUCAAUGGUGUAUCCCGGUAUGCGCAUGUGGCGUCGUAUGACCUUGCCCUUAAUUGAACGUUUUCCACGUUUAACCGAAUUGUAUGAUGAGUCUUGUCUGAUGGGCAAUCCUUUCUUUCAAAUGGACGAUUUAAGUUGUUCUCCGUGUGCGCAUGUCGAAGCGGUAUUAGAUUUAGGUAAUACUAUGCAAAAGCAAGCACUUGAGAGUAAUAAUAAUUUGGGUAUACAAAAAAUGCCCACAUUGGAGUAUGUGCCUUUCAUAUUUAAGAUUGAUCAGAAACCCAUGAAAUUACAACAGUUUUACAAUAUUUAUUCGAGCAAUUAUGAAAUCUUCCAGCGUGAUGCUUAUCGCGUACAAUCUACGAAACGGGAAGUCACCAAUCUGGAUGAACUUUUCAUUGAACUCAAUCGUACACAACAAACUCAAAGUCACAAUUUAUGGCGUUGUAAUCGCAUGCUGCCAGCACGUUUGCUUAGACAACUAAUUGCCCGACCUUCAACUUUGCCUAAUAGUUUAGCUCUGGAACGUUUUAUGGCUAUUGACACGCCGCAAGCUCCCUCAUAUACUCUACCUGAUACCGAAUGUCCGCAUGCUUAUGUACAACAGGCUUUGGGUAAUCGUUUCAUAAUAUUAAGGCCUACAAGUGAAUGCCGUCAUCGCUGCCGUACUUUGUCAAUGCGCCUGCCACAAUCCUUUGUCUUAAGCUAUAAUUGGUGGUAUUGGAAACCGAUCUCUGCCCCAGAUCCUGUCUCUGACACCUUAUCUAUUAGUCUCAUAGGCUCUUAUUGUUAGGUUGCCUCUCAACAUAUCCUUUAUUUUCUAUUCUUAAAGUAAAAUUUUAAAUAUUUUAUUUUCUUUUUCCUUAUUUUAAAUCUUACUGUGAAAACCUGUCGUUGUAUUAUCUAAGAGUCACAAUAACACAAACGUGUUUAUAUAUUAAAUAUGAAAAGAUAAAAAAAAAAAGAAAAAACAAAACAAAACAAAAUGCAAAUGAAAAAGAGAAAAUUAAUUUAACGUUAACAGCAGUUAUGUAUGUUGAAAGAAAUCGCUCGGAUUUUAUUAAAGCAUUUACUGCAAUUAUGUAUGUAUGUAUGUAUGUAUGUAUUUUUCAACCACCAAGGAUUUUUACAUAAAUUAAGAUGACUUAUUUGUUAUCCUUUGCUUAGGGUUUAUAUUUUUAAGAGAAAGUCUGUAUUUACAAAAAAUGCAGAAAGAAAGAAAGUCUGAUUUAUAAGCAAG